AUGAGUUUAAACAAUAGCGCCAAUGGCGCUAAUGGUGGUGUCAAAGAUACCACCAAAACCCCCGAAUAUGAAGCUCCUGGUGGUACCCAGGAAGAAGGAAGCAAAAAUGAAGGCCUGGGCACCAAUCCAAGCUUCAGUCUUGCCGGGUCUGGCGCCCAAAACCCAAACAACAGCAACCAGGGCCCAUACAUGGACCAAGAAUAUCAAUCCUACAACCCCCAAUACGGACACGAAAAUGAUGGACCGACAUGGAGUUUAGCGCAGCCACUCCCACACAUCGUGCGACCGGGCAUGCGUCAUGGCGCACUACCAGAAGACCGAAAAGAAGACAAAGAAGCCAUGCAAAAUGGGAACUAUGACGAGUCCCCAGAGGCCAAGAAACAGCGAUCCGCAGAGGCUCGCGCACAGCGAGUCAAUGGCCCCAAUGAAGACGGCUUCUUCAACACCUGGUCCAAAAUCCGCCAUUACCUCCGCGAACCACUAGCCGAAUGGCUCGGCACAACAAUGGCAAUGACAAUCGGACUCUGCGCUACUUUAUCAAACUUCACAUCCUCAGGCCAGGCAGGCUCUUAUCCGGCGCAGAGCGCAGCAUGGGGCUUCGGCUUCAUGGUCGCCAUUUAUACCACCGGUGGUAUAUCAGGAGGACACAUGAAUCCCGCAAUUUCAAUCUCACUAUCUGUAUUCCGAGGAUUCCCAGCUCGACGCUGUGUAGUUUACAUUGCUGCACAGUUACUCGGGGCGAUAACGGCCGGUGGAUUUGCGUAUGCGUUGUAUCAUGAUGCGAUUGUGCAAGUUGCUGCUUCGGCAAAGGUUCCUCAGAAUGCGAGCGCGGCCGCACAGGCGCUUAUCACGAUGCCGAAGUCGUUCGUGCAUCCUGCUACUGCAUUCUUUACUGAGUUUGUGGGUAGUGCGCUGCUGGUCGGUACGAUUAUGGCUCUGGGUGAUGAUUCCAAUGCACCCCCUGGUGCGGGUAUGCAGGCUUUUAUACUGGGGAUUCUUAUUUCGGUUAUCAUUCUUGCGCUGGGGUAUAAUACUGGAGGGUGCUUUAAUUGCGCUCGAGACUUUGGCCCUAGACUCGUUGCUGUAAUGGCUGGUUGGGGUGGACAUCUGUUCCGGGAAAUGCAUGCUUGGUGGGUUUGGGGUCCUUGGUGUGCAGAUAUCAGUGGCGCACUAUUUGGUGCUUUGGUCUACGAUAUGGCCAUCUUCACUGGAGGUGAGAGUCCGGUGAACUAUCCUCCUCGACGACGAAAGCGGGCGUAUCGUGUGCGAGCGCUGAAUCUGAAGAAGAAGCUUCGCUUUGGAAAGAGGAAGAUUGGGGAUGUCGAAAAGUCUGUCAGGGAGACGGAGGAGUGA